AAGACAAUCUCUUAGGCAGUCCGCGGCUACGUGCCCCGCUGCGUAAACUGGCGCACGAGCCUCGAAUGACGUUCAUGCCGCGCCAUCUUUAGAAAACAGUGAGUUUAACACUGAAUGAAACUUAAUUUUCGUCGUUUGUGAGAACUGAUCCCUCUAUGGAGUAAUAUCCUUGGUUUUCCAGUUGUUUGGUCAAUAGAGGUGAUCAUGGGGAUCAAGGUUCAGCGCCCUAGGUGUUUCCUUGACAUUGGGAUCGGUAAUGUACUAGUCGGCAGAGUUGUGGUGGAAUUGUUUUCAGACAUUUGUCCCAAAACUUGUGAAAACUUCAGGUGUCUUUGUACAGGUGAGAAGGGCAUAGGUAAAGGCACCCAAAAACCUCUGCACUACAAAGGCUGUCUGUUCCAUCGAAUUGUGAAAGACUUUAUGAUUCAAGGAGGAGACUUCAGUGAAGGUAAUGGAAGAGGAGGUGAAUCCAUCUAUGGAGGCUUUUUUGAAGAUGAAAGCUUUGCUGUUAAACACAACAAGGAAUACCUGCUAUCCAUGGCCAACAGGGGCAAAGAUACAAAUGGAUCACAGUUUUUCAUAACAACAAAACCCUCACCACAUCUGGAUGGUGUCCAUGUAGUGUUUGGCCAUGUGAUCUCUGGCCAAGAGGUUGUUCAAACCAUGGAGAACCAGAAAGCAGAUCAUAACAGUAGACCAUACGCUGAGGUGAAAAUUUUGAACUGUGGAGAGUUGGUCCCGAAAUCUAAAGCAAAGAAAACUGAUAAAAAAAGAGAGAGAGCCUCCUCCAGUUCCAGCAGUAGUGCCAGCAACACUGAGAGCUCCUCAGAAUCCUCUUCCGACUCUGAAGAGUUGGAGAAAGAAUCCAAGAAGCGGAAAAAGAAGGCAAAAAAGUUAAAAAAGAAACAUAAGAAGGAGGACAAGAAAAGGUCAAAGGCUGAAAGUGUUGAAGUGAAAGAACAAGAAGAGUUGGUUACAUCAACUGUACGCCCUGAAGAAAUACCACCCGUCCCAGAGAACCGAUUCCUCAUGAGGAGAAGCCCUCAGGCAGUCCAGAAGUUAAAAGAGGAGGUGGAAAAAGAUCAGAAAAAUAAAGAAGAAAGGCCAAGAGAGAAUACUGGCAUAAUGUAUAAUUCUCAGUCAACAUAUCACAGAAGACUGGUGAUGACACGAUCUGGGAGGAAGAUAAAAGGCAGAGGUCCAAGGAGAUACCGGACUCCAUCACGCUCUCGUUCAAGGUCCAGAGAUCGUUUUCGACGCAGUGAAACUCCUCCGCAUUGGCGUCAGGAACUGCAGCGUCAAAGGAUGAGAGCGGUCACUGGAGAGCGCUGGAUUAAAGGUGACAGAAGUGACAUGAAUGAGGCCAAGGAUGAGGCUGCUAAAGCUCCGAGAAGAGAGAGACGGACCUCCGACACAAAGCAUGAAAUAACAGCUGAGGGUAAAAAAGACAAGAAAGCUCGGCCUCAUAGAUCUAAAAGCAAAGAAGAGGACACUGUAGAGAAGGAUGAGAAGCAUAGCAAACACAAGGCAAAGAAAAGAGAGAAAUCUCAAAGUUGCAGUAGAAGCAGAGAAAAGAGUAGAAGGUCAAAAAGCAGAGAGAAAGGUCACAAGCACAAAGGUGAUGACAGGAGAGGGCGCUCAAGGAGCAGAGACCAAGACGUUAAUAAGAAAGAGAAGGAGUCAGAAUCUGAUCACAACAAAGAUAGAAAUAAGGGCCAUGAGUCUGACAAAAAGCCUAAAGAGGACACAAAAGGAAGGGAUGAUGAGAGAACUAGGACAAUCUCAAAAAGCAAGGAAAGAGCAACUACAAAAGAUGGGCGCAGAUCAAGUAGCAGAAACAGGGAGAGAGGUGGACCUGCAGCAUCGAAGGACAAAGAAGAAAAACGAGAAAAAGACAGAGAGAGGGGCAGGGAACGUAGCAGGAGUCAGGAAAGGCGGCGAAACACUGAAAGGGAGAAUAAGAGGCGAGGAACAUCCAGGGAUAAAGAACAUAGAACAGGAAGUCCAGACAGAAAUAAGACUAGAGACUCUCAUAGAAGCAGGCGCACCAGAAGUAAGAGUAAUAAGAGAGACCACAGCAAAGAUCAGUCAUCUCAUAGAAAAGACAAAGACAGAGAAGUUGCCAACCUUAGGAGAAGAUGUAGCAGCAGCUCUGAGAACAACAGAGGCGAGAGAAAGAGGAGUCAAAAGAGCCCAGAUUCCAAAAUAAGAGCAAAUAGUACCUCCAAAUCCAAAGACAGAAGAAGCCCAGCAAGGCCAAGGCCUGACAGUACAAAAGACAAAGACAGAAAUAGCAGCAAAGUGAAUAAAUCCAGCUCCAGCUCUGACCGUGACUAAGCCCGUGCUGAUAUUGUAAAGCUGGGGGUAGCCAAUCCCAGUCUUCGCUGGCCACUGCCCUGCUUGUUGUCCAACUAUCCCUGCCCUACCUGCUGCUGAUUACCUGGAUCAGGCCUGUUCAGACAGUCAGAAGCUGGAAGAUUCAC